GAGGAGGGGUUAACCUUAUGUCUUAUCGAGUAACGGUGUCCCUCGGUCUCUCUCUCUCUCCCGCAGACGAUUUAGAGCCGCAAGGGCUUUUCUCAUCGGCCUCAUCCUAAUUCCUCAGAAGACCUGGGCCGUGACACUCUGCUUCAGCCAUGGCUCCCAAGAAGAACAAGGCAACCAAGAAGAACAAAGGGGAGAUCAAUGAGAUGACCAUCAUGGUGGAAGACAGCCCCGUCACCAAGAUCAACGGGCUGAACACCCUGCUGGACGGGGGAAACGGCUUCAGCUGCAUCUCCACCGAGGUCACGGACGCGGUGUACGCCCCCAACCUCCUGGAAGGGCUGAGCAAGAUGAGGCAGGACAGCUUCCUCUGCGACCUCACCGUGGCCACCAAGUCAAAGUCCUUCGACGUCCACAAGGUGGUCAUGGCGUCCUGCAGCCAAUACAUCCAGAACAUCCUGAAGAAGGACACGGCGCUGCAGACCAUUGACCUGAAUGAGCUCUCCCCUGUGGGUCUGGCCACCGCCAUCACGUACGCCUACAGCGGGAAGCUGACGCUGUCCCUGUACAGCAUCGGCAGCACGAUCGCCGCGGCGAUGCUGCUGCAGAUCCACACCCUGGUGAAGAUGUGCAGCGACUUCCUCAUGCAGGAGCUGAGCGUGGAGAACUGCAUGUACGUGGCCAACAUCGCCGACACCUACGACCUCAAAGAGACCAAGAAGGCGGCCCAGAAGUUCAUGCGGGAGAACUUCAUCGAGUUCUCAGAGAUGGAGCAGUUCCUGAAGCUCACCUUUGAGCAGAUCUGCGACUUCCUGUCGGACGACUCCCUGCAGCUGCCCUCCGAGGUCACCGCCUUCCAGAUCGCCAUGAGGUGGUUGGACUUCGACGAGAAGAGGCUGAAGUACGCCGCCGACCUCCUGACGCACAUCCGCUUCGGCACCAUUUCCGCCCAGGACCUGGUGAACCACGUCCAGAACGCCCCUCGCAUGAUGCAAGACCCCGAGUGCCACCGCCUCCUGGUCGACGCCAUGAAUUACCACCUGCUGCCGUUCCAACAGAACAUCCUCCAGUCGCGCAGGACCAAGGUGCGCGGGGGCGUCCGGGUGAUGAUCACCGUCGGCGGACGCCCUGCUCUGACCGAGAAGUCUCUGAGCAAGGAGGUCCUGUACAGGGAUGCUGAUAGUGUCUGGAAUAAGCUGACGGAAAUGCCAGCCAAGAGCUUUAACCAGUGUGUGGCGGUCCUGGAUGGUUUCCUGUACGUGGCGGGCGGAGAGGACCAGAAUGACGCAAGGAACCAGGCCAAACACGCCGUCAGCAAUUUCUGCAGGUAUGACCCCCGCUUCAACACUUGGAUUCACCUGAGCAACAUGAUCCAGAAGCGCACCCAUUUCAGCCUCAACACCUUCAACGGCCUCCUGUUCGCCAUCGGCGGCCGCAACUCGGACGGCGUCCAGGCCUCGGUGGAGUGCUACGUCCCCUCGUCCAACCAGUGGCAGACCAAGGCCCCGAUGGAGGUGCCGCGCUGCUGCCACGCCAGCUCCAUCAUCGACGGCAAGAUCCUCGUUUCCGGAGGGUACAUCAACAACGCCUACACCCGGGCCGUGUGCAGCUACGACCCCUCCACGGACACCUGGCAGGAUAAGAGCAGCAUGAGCUCGCCCAGGGGCUGGCACUGCGCCGCCACGGUGGGAGACCGGGCCUACGUGCUCGGGGGAAGCCAGCUGGGAGGCCGCGGGGAGAGGGUGGAUGUCUUUACGGUGGAGUGCUACAGCCCCCAGAACGGGCAGUGGAGCUACUGUGCGCCGCUGCGCACCGGGGUCAGCACGGCCGGCGUGGCGAUUCUCAACGAGAAGGUUUAUCUCCUGGGGGGCUGGAACGAGGUGGAGAAGAAGUACAAGAAGUGCAUCCAGGUUUACAGCCCUGAUAUCAACGAAUGGACUGAGGAUGACGAGUUGCCGGAAGCCACUGUUGGUAUCUCGUGUUGUAUGGUCAACAUACCCACACGUAAAACACGAGAGUCUAGGGCCAGUUCAGUUUCUUCUGCCCCAGUUAGUAUAUGAACUGUCAGAUAAAUGCCUGUAAUGCCUGUAUCGUAGGACAAUAUAUUGGUAACAAAUUCUAGAAACAGUAAGAUUCAUCGGUAAACAGACAAGAAGAAUAUUUCCAUUAUCAAUGAUGUCAUGGGAAAUGGCUAAUAAAUUGGUUUACACUUGCAUUUAUCAAAAUGUCAUAACUGAAAUGCUAACCCUUUGAAGACAUACAAAGGGAAUCAGUAUUAUUGAUUACGUAAAUCAUGUUGUGUAAUUGUAGCUGACAAAAAUGAAGGCACAGAAAAUAAUACAUCAAACUCAUCAUCGGACAGGAAUUUGCUUUGGGUCCAAUCAAGAUAGGAUUUAUUUUGUCCAAUCUGAAGGCACAG